GAACUCAGACUAAAGAAAACAAAAAAUGCUACGAAUUUAUCCUUAUAAAAUUAUAAUUUAUUUCAAAUGUGUUUGUGUAACAGAAAUUAAAUUGACCAAAUAUGGGACCCACAAAUAAAAUAAAUUUGAACCACUAAUUUAUUUUUUAAAAUAAAUUCUGAAUUUAUAAGUAUGAAUUUAUGGUAUUAUCGUGAAGAAAAACAUUGUGGAAUUCAUAUUCAUUCAAAACGUAAAUCAACAUGAAAGCAGUGGCCCUUUUGUUUGAGAUUGAGAGGAGGAGGGUCUUUAGAGUCGUAAUACAUGGAACCAUUUCAAUCUCUCUCUCUGCCGCUACCCAAUUCCAUUCUUCAAGUUUCAGCUUCUCCCCCCUCCCCCCUCAUAAUCAUUAUUCAUCUGAGAAUGAGACUUCAGUUUCGACCCACGAAGGAGGAAGAGAAGAAGAAGAAGAACCAAAGAGCUUGUGUUGGAGGAUUGAGAAGCUCCCAAGAACAGAGCCUGUUGGGUCUGCCUUCCAGAGCUGGAUGGGUGACGGAUUUCCCAUUCACAGAGGCCAUGUCUUUCACACCAUCAACCGCCUAAGGAAGCUCCAUUUCAACAAACGCGCUCUCGAGGUGAUGGAAUGGGUGAUCAGGGAGAGGCCCUACAGGCCAAAAGAACUAGACUACUCCUAUCUAUUAGAAUUCACAAGUAAGCUUCAUGGGGUAUCACAAGGGGAGAAACUUUUUUCUUGUAUCCCACCUGAAUUCCAAAAGGAGUUGCUGUACAACAAUCUUGUUAUUGCAUGCUUGGACAAAGGCAUGAUAAGGCUUUCACUUGCAUACAUGAAGAAAAUGAGGGAACUGGGUCAUCCGAUCUCUCACUUGAUUUUCAACCGCCUCAUUAUCCUCCAUUCUUCGCCGAGCCGGAGGAAGGCCAUCACAAGAAUCCUUAGACAAAUGAGGGCUGAUAAGGUGGAUCCGCAUGUUUCCACUUACAACAUUCUGAUGAAAAUUGAAGCUAAUCAACACAAUAUUGAAGGAUUGGUUAAGGUAUUUGUUGACAUGAAGAGAGCACAAGUUGAGCCAAAUGAGAUAUCCUUCUGCAUAUUAGCAACUGCACAUGCCGUUGCAAGACUGUACACUGUUUGCGAGGCCUAUGUUGAAGCAGUCGAGAAGUCAGCAACGGGAAAUAACUGGUCAACAUUAGAUGUCCUCCUUAUAUUGUAUGGAUAUUUGGGGAAGGAGAAAGAGAUAGAUCGAAUUUGGGGUGUUUUGCAAGAACUUCCUCAUGUCAGGUCUAAGAGUUUCUUGGUGGCUAUUGAAGCAUUUGGCAGGAUUGGGGGCCUAAGUCGUGCUGAACAGCUUUGGUUGGAAAUGAAAUCAAAGAAAGGGUUGAAAUCAACUGAGCAAUUCAAUUCAAUGAUAUCUGUUUAUUGCAGGCUCGGGUUUAUUACUAAAGCAACUAAGCUGUAUAAAGAAAUGGAGCAAAAUGGAUGCAAACCAAAUGCCAUAACAUAUCGACACCUUGCUCUUGGAUGCUUGAAAGCGGGGUUAAUGAAAGAAACUCUAAAAACACUAGAUUUGGGUAAUGAUUUUUCAGCAAGUACCAAGAUCAGGAAAUCAACCCCAUGGCUUGAGAUUACUCUUUCAAUAGUUGAAAUUUUUGCUGAGAAUGGUGACAUAGAGAAUGCUGAGAAGCUCUUUGAAGAAUUGAAGAAAGCAAAUUAUACUAGGUAUACUUUUGUGUACAAUACCUUGAUUAAGGCUUAUGUCAAGGCCAAGAUUUAUGAUCCAAAUCUUUUAAAAAGGAUGAUUCUGGGAGGGGCUAGGCCAGAUUCCGAGACCUAUAGCCUCUUGAAACUUGUUGAGCAGUUUCAAACCUAAUUGUGUGCUGUUUUGAUUGGUUAAGUUGAAUUUUUUUCAGUGUAUUGUAGUUAUUUUGUAUGUUGGAAAAUAAACAUGGAAGAGAUGGAGGAAACCACGAUCAUUCUGUAGGAGGAUAUGACAAGAAAGCUUGAGCAUGCCAAGAAAGCUCGGAUUGAGUUGCCAUCCACCCCUAAAAUCUUUUUGAAGUUAUAAAUUUUUUGCAUUCUCUUGGAACUUAAAGCAUAUCAUUCACAUCUGUGUAUAUUACCUAGUGUUACAAUUUUAUUUUAUUUUUUUGUGUAGCAAUUUUUUGCCAAGUACAGAUGGAAACGGAAUACACAUGUUCAAUUCUGUUUGCCUUUCUGUGACCUGUUUGACAGGCUCAAAAUUUAUGGCCGUGACUGCUACAUAAUGUGAUUUUCUGAUUUCUGGAGACA